AUGUCCCAGUUUGAGAUCAAUGCCUUCAUUCACGGAAACCCCAAGGAUGUCAAUUCGUCAGAGUUCUGGAACAGAGUCAUUAGCACAUGUCCCAAUCGCCGGCGACAGAAAGUCAUCAACCAGUGCCGCCGCAAGUUCCACAAUUUCGUUGCUCGGGGUACGUGGACCCCCGAGCAGCAUGACGAGCUCAGCAAGAUGUGGGAGAUGCAUGGAAACAAGUAUACCUUGAUCGGAUCUCUGAUCAAUCGUCACCCCGAGGACGUCCGCGACCGUAUUCGUAACUAUGUGGUCUGUGGUGACAAUCGGCGCAAGGAUGCAUGGAGUCAGGAGGAAGAGGACCGCCUAGCCAACAUUGUCGCCGAGGCCAUCGAUACGAUUCGGAGGAUGCGUGAGAAAGGGGAGUCGAACAGUGCAGCAACUGAUGAGGAGCUUGUGGACUGGCAGAUGGUCAGCGAGAAAAUGGAUCGCACCCGCAGUCGGCUGCAAUGCAUUACAAAGUGG